UCUCCAUUCAUCAUUCCAUUCACAUUCACAUCCCCAUUUCCUUUUCUGCAAAAGAAUAGUUAACAAGGGCGUUUUUUCUGUCCUUCUACUUCAACUUUUAAUCCCAACCUCUCCACUCCACUCGCAAAUCGCGACUUUUUAAUUAUUAUCAUACACACGCAUUUAUAUACCAAAACACAGGCCAAGCUUUUUUUUUGACAUUCUGAUAAUAUCUUUUGUCAUCACCUGUCGUUAUUUAUCAUAUCAAUCCAAUUCAACAAAACAAAUAAACUAUCCAGGAACUGAGGGGAAAGAGAGAUCGAAUAAAUAAGAAUGCCAAUGCAAGUAUUUGAAUUCCAAGCCGACAGCUCUGUCAGCUUGGCGACCACCGCUGCGAUCAAUCGCAAGAGUUGUGAUCAUUGCUUUCUUAAUCGAAAGACAUGUGACAAAGUCCGAACAGCGACCGACACAGGUGACAAGUGUGGACGGUGUGCAAAGGAUGAGCGUCCCUGCACAUUUACUCCCACAGUCCAUCUGUAUCACAUCGCGGAUUGUGUAGGUCGUCAUCAAUGUCGAGCCAAGGUCAUCCAGGCGAUGGGAGGUCGUAAGAAGGAGGUCAAGCACAAGACCAUUGAGAUCCCUAUUGUCUGUAAUAUGGACUCGGAAAUAGAUCAGGCCCUAUAUGAGUCUAUCCAGAAGCAACCUAACUUGCUUGUUUACAAUAACCGUAUAAAAUCGUUUCUUGCAUACGAUAUACUUGGAUUGCCAGAAGAGGAGGAGGAAGAUGAUCGAAUGUCAUCACAGAAUGAUCAAGGUGUGCCUGACUUGUCUUCCGAAUCCCCCAUACAUGGCUCGAAACGUUCGUUUGAAGCUGAUGAUGGUGGGGAGGAUGCAUCCAGUAAUAACAGGACUACAUCGCCCACACAGGGACCACAAAAGUUUAGGAUUAUGGCCUUGAUUGAUGCUCAUCAAAGUCAAAACCAAAGCCAAAACCAAAGUCAACUUCAGCAGCAAUUGAGUCAACAAAAUCACCUUCCAUCAGCUGACCAAAGCCAGCAACAACAGCAGGCCUCCCGAGCGGGCAAGAGUCCAAUGAUCAUACCUAUGGACAUUAUGGCAUCAAAUGCCAAUGGCAUGCCAUCAAGUCCUAGCUCACUCAGCCCAAAUGAGGCUAUGACACAUUAUCAAAGGCGCCUUUCAGAAGCGCUGGCUACAUUACCUUCGCUAUCUACAGCUGGUCAGCUUUCUGGAGGCCUCCAAGCUUCUUCUGCCCUUAAUCAACAGCAACAAAAUGGGUACAGAAGUACAAGCCCGUUGCCCCAUAGUCCACUAGCACCAAGUCCCACGUAUCACUCUCCUCAACCUCCCAGUCCACUGGAGCUGUCGCUCACUAUCGACACAAACUUUUCAAAUCUUAACAACAGUCACCAAAACCUCUCAAGCUUGUUUGACAGUAGUCUGAGCAUGUCUACUCAACAGCAACAGCAGCAGCAGGGGCGAUCUACCCCUACCAGGGUAAGCAUUGGAACAUCAACGUCUCCUCAGUUGGGCUCCGAAAACAUCAUCGAUGGUAAUAAUGGUAAUGACUCUGCAGCUCCUCCUCCACCGCCUCUGGUGAUCACAACUACGGAUGAGGAUGGUCAUGAAGUCGGAUUCUACUAUGCGGUACCAUCUGUUAACCUAAAUCCAGCUUACAGUGACGCAGAUUUGUUUCAGGAUUUCACAAUGAUGGAUGCUUUGGGUGAAGAUUUUGUAUGGAUUGAGAAUUUGUUUGAUGAUCUUACGCCUGAAGAGGCUACUGCCAACAUGAAUGCCAUGUCUGUCGCCGCAGUGACAGGCUCAUCCUCGUCUGCUUCGCCAAUGAUGGAUGCUUCCAUGUCGCCUUCGGCAGCAGUCCACGACAACAACAGCAACAGCAGUAUCAGCAGCAGUAACAUUUCGACUGGUAUGAUGAUGCCAGGGACCACGCUUCACGACUUAAUGGCCUCAAAUAUUAAUACAAUGAUAAGUCCCAACAACGGCAGUAGUGGCAGCAAUAUCGAGGCCUCUAUGGGCUAUAUGGGUCCAUUGUUUCAGCAACAACAGCAACAGCAACAGCAACAGCAACAGGAGCAAUUCUGGAUGAACCAACAGUUCACUCAGACCAUGCAAGGUUAAUAAGAAAAGGAAGUUUUGAAGCAAAAAUGAAGCUCGGAGGUGGAAAGUAAAAAACCAAAAACAAAAAAAAAAACUUAGAUGCUCGACAGAUCUGUAUAAUUUAAUGUGUAUAUGUACUUUUAGAAAUCCUCCCCGUCCUUUUUAAAGACCAUCUUGUAUAUAAGUAUAUAAAACAUUC